AGAGUCACGUGAUUCCAGUUGGCGCGUUUUCGUAGCAUUAUUGUUUAUUGUUAGUGUUGUGCAAGGUUUACAAUCUUAUUGUUUCAAAAGAGAGAAUUUAAAAAAAUGGCCCCUAGGGACUACGUUGCAGAAAAGGGUAAGUUUUUUGUAGCUCAUGCUGACUUUUACGAAACAAUAAUAGCCUUUAAACAGGCAUAGACGUUAAAGCCGUAGCGUAGUAAGGGCAUCGGCAAGGGCCUACACUACGACAGACUACGUCAGACUACCACUACACUAAAUAAGUGACUGAGACUGUCAGUGUGUGCGACAUUAAGAAAUAAUAUGCCGGAGCGCACAGCUCAAUAUACUGAAAUGAGUGAUUGAUACCUACCGCAGCGCAAAAUAUAACUGUCAUUUAAUAAGGUUAUGGUUAUUUCAGCAAAACAAGUGUUGGUUCAUUCAUUAGGCAGGCUAAUUAAAUUAGUUUAGGAUAGCAUCGGAUUCAUGCUUUUUUAUUAUGAUUAUAAUUAUAAAUAUUUUUUUUUUGAGGUUUAAUUUAUCCAUGAUGCCAUCAAUAAUCAAUGGAUGACACUAAGUGACUAAUGACAGUAAUCAGAGUCGGAGCUUAAUUAUUAAUAUGAAUGUUGGUCACUUUAACUUUAAAGUUUAAUAUUAUUGACACUUGAAAUGAUUACUAAAAUUUACUACUAUUAAAUAUUAAUAGGUUGAAGGCUAUUAUUUAGGAUUAGUCUGAUUUAUGCUUAAACUUAAAUUCAAGUAACCUCUUUAAAAAAAUUAGAAACUUUUAGAAUCUAAAUUUAAGAAUAAGAGAGUUAAACAGCACUCAAACUGUUUGAAAAAUCAACAAAGAAGUGGUAGAUUACCCUACUGAUAUAUUUUUGGCAGUGUCUAAUCUCCCGCACUGUUUGUCCGCCGUCCAAGUCACGUUCAGUCGGAAGAAUACUUUUCUAGAUAUUCGUCCGGCGACCAAAUCAAAUGACCGCCAUAACAAAGUGGUGCGAGAUAUUUGUCCGUCAGCCUUGUCUUGUGACAACGAAUGAUUCAAAACUGUAUUGUUAAUUUUAAAAUCUAUUUCUCUACCAAGUAAUUUACUGAGUAUCUUGCAAAAAAAUAAUAGAAAAAAAUACUUGGGUAUAUUACCAAAACAAAGAAGGGGUUAAGCAAUAAUGCAUUCUAGAAGGAAGCAAUGCUGAGAGGGAGAGAGAAUUACGGUAAUAAAAAAAACGAAUGCUAAAAAAAAUAAUAGUAUUGUAGUAGUGAGGGUGAUAAGUUUAAGGCCGGGAGGCCGAUAGUUCACAAAGAAAUAUACUCUACACCUUAAUUUAGGGCAGAUAUAGUGGUAGCCUAGCCUACGUCUCAUGCAAUAAUAAUCCUGCAAUACAACUUUAUUGACAUAGGUCUAUUGAAGUCUACUGGUCUUAUGUUAUUUUGUUCAUAUUUUAAAUUUAAAAAAAAAAUUUUCUUUGAAGUGUCGGAAUCAAAUAGACUAGUAGUACUAGUAAUAGUAGUAGUAAUAGUACUACUAGCUAGUUUAUAGGCCGACUAGUUUAAUAUUCAAAGUCAAACACUUUAUGUAUCUCAGAGUAUUUGAAUAUAUUAACAUGUUCAGCAUUUAUUUAUUAUCUAGGGAUCGGAAUAUCAAAUGCAAUGCAACUAUUUUGCCGGCGACCACUUGUCACAUGACCUGCCGGAAUAAUAACACCUACUAGUGACAUCUGUCAUGUGACAUCUCCGCCAGACGUAUAUCUCCCGCACUAUUUGUCCGGCGGUGUAGACACUUUUGUACAUUUUUCAUGAAAAUAACUGUCAUAAAUAUAAGUGAUAAAAAAACAUUUUGUCUCUUCUCACCCAACAGGUAAAAUCACAACAUUCUUAAAAGAAUAUUACAAGGAUGCCGAUGAUGGUGGUAAAAACUUUGUGUAUGCUGAUCAACUGGUGAGUGAAGAAAGCAAACAUGUGGGCAAUGUGACACCUAAGUCAACAAUGUUGCCAAUCAAUUGUCAAUUGAAAAUAAACAUGCCUACGCUGGGUAUGCUUAACCCUUAUUCAGUAUUACAUCUAAAAAAAAAAUGAGUUUUUUUUUGUUGGAAUGUUACCAAAUAAUCCCCUAUUGUCAUCUCUACACUACAACUAGACUAAAUGGAUACAUGCUGCACAUAUUUUGUGAUGUUAUACAAAAUGUUUUUUUUUUUUUUUUAAAUUCUUUAAAGUAAAAUCCUAAGCCAAACCAUUCAUCAUAGCACAACCUUCACUGAACCAUUAAAUUUAUGAAUUAUCUUUUUUCAAAUAAUCCCCUAUUGUCAUCUCUACACUACAACUAGACUAAAUGGAUACAUGCUGCACAUAUUUUGUGAUGUUAUACAAAAUGUUUUUUUUUUUUUUUUUAAAUUCUUUAAAGUAAAAUCCUAAGCCAGACCAUUCAUCAUAGCACAACCUUCACUGAACCAUUAAAUUUAUGAAUUAUCUUUUUAGACCAAAGUUGCACACAGAGAACAAGUAGCGCUCACUGUAGAUGUGGAUGAUGUGGCAGACUUCGACCCAGACCUGGGUGAGUCAAUACUGGAAAAUGCUCGUCGUUUUGUGCACAUUUUUGGUGAAGCUGUCCAAGAACUUUUGCCUGAAUACAAAACUAAAGAGGUUUGUAAUGCCUAUUGCAUUUAGGGUUAUUUACACUGUUGAAAUUGUAUAAAUGAAGUUGGUGCACUUCCUGUUUUUACAGAUUUUUAAAAGCUUUUCUAAAAAAAAUCUAUUUCACAUGUUCUGAUUCUUUGCUCUGGCCAAUACAGCUGAAGUGUUGAAUGCUCCAUCCUAGGUACACAACAAAGAUGCCUUGGAUGUUUACAUAGAACACAGACUCUUGAUGGAGCAAAGAAAUCAUCCAGCAGAUUCAGAAGCCACAAGAGAUCCAAAAACAAGAUAUCCACCAGAGUUGAUACGCCGAUUGUGAGUUGAUCAUUCUUUGCAGGAUCUUUUUAGGACUAAGAUCUUACAUGAAUUAGACUUAGUCCUAAGGCACCUUAGAUAUAAAUUUUGAAAGAGAUAAGAUGUGCCAUCUCAAAUGAGAUUAUUUGAGGAAAUAAUAUUGUUUGACUGUUUGGUUCUUCAGUUAUCAUUUUAUCUCUGUCUGUCACAGUUAAUCUUUAUAAUUAAAAAAAAAAUAGACCUAUAUAUAAAAAAAAAACUUCUGUAAAAAGUUCUGUAAAUGAUGGGAUGACCUCAGCAUUCAAUAUUCCAAAACAUGUGAUAAAACAAAAUCAUGGCGAAAUAUUAUUUUAAAAUGUGUUUUUUAAAAGUAAUAUUUCAAUUAGUUUCCACACUAAAUCUUUUGUCUAAAAAGUCUCAACGUUAUUUUGGACCAACCAUUACAUUUUCCAUCUUAAAUUACUGAAAUUAACGACUAUUUCAAAAUUUUAAAAAAUCAUGAAUAUUUUUCCCUGUCCAGUGAGAUCUAUUUCAAAGCUCCAUCUCACCAAAAGUUUUCAUCAAUUCGUGAAAUCAAAGCUGCUAACAUUGGAAAGUUGGUGUGUAUAAAAGGCAUCGUUACCAGGACGACAGAGGUCAAGCCGAUGAUGGUUGUGGCAACAUACACCUGUGACACAUGUGGCAACGAGACUUACCAGCCAGUAAGUUUGACAUGUUCCAUGGUGUUGGGUUUCUGUAUAUAAUAAAUUAUUUAAAAAAAAAAAAUAAUAAUAAAUAAUUAUUUUUAUGUUCUUUAAAAGAGCUCAUGCACAAUUUACUAAUAAUGGUGAAUAAGGCACACAAUUUUUCCUGUUAAAUUUAUGGUAAUUUAAACACCAGUUCAAAGAUUUUUUAUUUUUUAAAGCAUUUUUUAAAAUGCAUUUGUAUUUUAUGUACUUUAAUCAUUUUACAAUUGUUGUUUAGUUUAAUAAACAAAAGGAUCUGGUUUACAAAUGUAAAAAAAGCCGAAAUAUUUUCACUUUAAAACAACCAAAUUUAGUUUUUGGAAAAUUAUAAAAAUUGUUGUCUGAGGUAUUAUUUCCUGAAUCUGUUUGAACUGUGCUCCUAGGUCUCAGAUAUCUAUGUAAAAAUUUGCUUGCCGAUAGCAGAUUAUUUUGAUUAAGUUGUUUGAGCAUUUCUUUUGUUGACAUUUAACAGAUUGGCAGCACAGCUUUCAUGCCCCUCCUGAUGUGUCCAAGUCAGGCAUGUACUACAAACCGAUCAGGAGGCAGACUCUAUCUACAAACCAGAGGCUCUAAAUUUGUUAAAUUCCAAGAAGUUAAAGUUCAAGAACAUGUAAGUUCGUUAACAUAUUUUAUUUUUCAAAUGAAAAUUUAAAAAAAUAAAAAAUGAAUUUGGAUUUAUUGUUUCAUUAAUGGGAAAGAAGAAAUUAGAAGUAAGAUUAAAUUUCUUCUAUACUGAUUUUAUGCCUAAUUAUUAUGUAUUUUAUAAUAAUUAUUUAUGUAUUAUGGCAUUUCAGAGUGACCAGGUGCCAGUAGGAAACAUUCCCAGAUCAAUGACUAUUUACUGCAGGGGUGAGACCACCAGGAAGUGCCAGCCAGGGGAUCAUAUCUGUGCAACUGGUGUAUCCUUUAGUCUCAAUUAUUUAUAAUUUAAGGAAGGGGCUCCUGUGUUGUGUGUAUGGGGGGGGGGGCGGACAACUGGUAAUCUAUUUAUUAUAAAUAAAAUUUAAACAUGGUGAAAUAAAUGUCUGGUAAUUUUUCUGGAAAUUUAUGGGAAGAAUAUGAUUCUUUUUUGGAUAAAUUAUAUAAUUCUAAUUUUUUUAGAGAUUUAUAUUAUAAAAAUAAUAUUUGUUACUUAUUCUUGUAGAUCUUCAGUUUAAAAGUAUUAAAGCAUUUUAAAAGAACAUAGAAAGUGGAAUUAUUUGUUACCUAGGCAGUUUUAAUUUCUUGUCCCCCCAAAAAAUCUAUAAGUAUUUGACAAUCUCCUUAAUUCAUCUUAGAUCUUUCUACCUCUUAUGCGCUCAGGAUUCCAACAGAUUGCCCAAGGGUUGCUGUCAGAGACAUUCCUUGAGGCACAUGUACGUUUAAUUUUCAGUGCUUAAGAAGAAUUUAUGUUUCUUUUUAAUUAUCCUUUUACACGGCAGACGUUCUUCCUCUUGCUAGUUCUGAAUGGGUAACAUGUUUCCGGUUUUUAGUAAGAUUUAGGGUUACGUUAGUAAAAACAUCAAAUCUAAGGUGUUAGUAAACAAAUUUUUGUGAAAUAAAAAGUAAAAUAAAGGAAAAUGAAUGCAGAUUUAUUAUUGUACUCACAUGUUGCCAUUAAUCUUCGUAUGAACACAAAUAUUUGCAAAAAAACAACAUAUUGUUUGUGAUUGUGAGUCAUCUAUUUACUAUUUACAAACACUGCCACGAAAUCGAAGUGUGUACAAUUCAACACUGCUUACUACGCUGAUUUCACUAAUAUUACUAAUUAUAUUAAUUAGUAUCUAGUUCCAAUUUAUAGUCAAGUCUUGCACUUCUUUCAAUGUCACUAAAAUUGUAUCCAGCGAAAUCUCUGCUAUCACUUGAAGAAUCGUUAAAAUCAAUUUUGAAAAACAAAGCAUUAAAACCCUGAAAACUACCAAAAAAAUUUGAUGAAAUACUUUUAACUGGCGCCCACUCUAUCCAGCUAUCGGAAAAACCGGAUGUAAACAAUUGGAAGUCUCGCAAAGACUCAUAGAUCGCGUGUUUACAACUCAUAGUUGUCACGGACGGUUUUGGGCGUUUUUCCCUUUUAAGUAGUAAAGACGGUUUUUGUCGCUCUGCCCCGUAAAGGGUUAAUCUUACAUCUUAUAUUCUAUUGGUUUCUAUAAUAAACAACAGCCAGGUGAUAAAUCUUAUUGAAGAUUAUUUUUUUCAACAGAGAAUUGUACAAAUGAACAAAACAGAAGAUGAUCUCAACGACUGUCAAGAACUGACAUCAGAGGAACUGAAACUUGUUGCAGGUAAGAGAUUUUAAAGUAGAACAAUUCUAAACUCACACCUGGGUAAGAGAUUUUACUGUAGCAAUUUUAAACUCACACCUAGGUAAGAGAUUUUAAAGUUGAAUUUCUGACCCCAUAACCCAUGUAAGAGAUUAUUAAGUAUAAGAUUUAUAACUCCAGCGCAUGUCUUGUAUUUGCUCAAAGUGGCAAUCACCUUAUUAUUGCCAUGUGUUUAAUUUCAAAUUACCUGGCAAAGUCUUACAUUAGAGAAGGAAAUAACAUGCCCUUUUUUAAAAAAUCGCACUUACCGCCAUGAUUUUAAUGAAAGAAAAUUGAUCCUUUAUUUAUGGCCAUAGUUAAUAUCAACUAAAUUAUUUUCAAUUAUUGAUUUGUCUGUUUCAGAGGAUGACUUCUACGAUAAACUUGCCACCAGCAUUGCCCCUGAGAUCUACGGCCAUGCAGAUGUUAAAAAAGCUCUUCUCUUGUUAUUAGUUGGAGGAGUGGACAAGUCACCAAAGGGGAUGAAAAUAAGAGGUGAUCUGUCAUGUGCUGGGUUGAACUCAGUUACGUUCUGGGCUCAACACUGUCAUGGGCUGGGUUCGACACUGUCACAUGCUUGGCUCAACACUGUCAGGGGCUGGGUUCAACAAUCACAAUACACUAUAUCUUAUGUAGAAUUUAUUAGUUGCAAAAAUAUUUACAUCUGAUUACAAUAGUUAAGAAAAUAAUUGCAAAAUACUAAGAAAAUAUAACCAGAGUAUAGCUUUGAACAAAUCAGUAGUUAUGGAAUAAUUUGCCCAUGGCAUGAAAAUUACAAAAAAUAAUAUGUGGGAUUUUUUGUAUCUUCAAUAUGAUACACAUAACAAUACCACAUCUGCAAAAUGUAACUGGUACUUACAUGUUGACAACUUAUCUCAGGUAACAUCAACAUCUGUCUGAUGGGGGACCCUGGUGUGGCCAAAUCUCAGCUACUUUCUUACAUUGACCGAUUGGCUCAUCGCAGUAAGUGUUGUAUUUUUUUUAUUCGAUGGAUGCACCUAAGCAGUCUGAACUCUUAAAUUGUAAUGAGGUUGUUGUAGAACAAAGACCUGCUCUAAAAUACUUUAAUUCUAGAUUUAGAUCAUCACUUAUGUUAAUUAAUGUGAUAUCUUCUCAUAGGUCAGUACACAACAGGACGGGGGUCAUCUGGUGUUGGUUUGACAGCAUCGGUGAUGAAAGAUCCCAUCACAGGAGAGAUGAUGCUUGAAGGCGGAGCCCUGGUGUUGGCCGAUGAGGGUGUGUGUUGUAUUGAUGAGUUUGACAAAAUGAUGGACGCUGACAGGACGGCCAUUCAUGAGGUUAUGGAACAGCAGACCAUCUCCAUUGCCAAGGUAUAGAUAUAUUCUCUCUUUACUUUUAAAUAUUUGCCCAUCUUUUCACAUGACAAAAAAGUAAUUAUAGUAUGUAAUUGGACUGACCAAUGCAAUGAGUUGUAAACAAUGCACAUAGGGGCUGCAGAAGGAUUGAGGUGUAUGAUUGACCAGCUGUUUAUGGUACAAUACUUAAACUUUAAGAAAAUUUAUUGACCCAGAAUCACUUAGGAAUUAAAAUUGUAUAGGAAUUAAAAUUGUAUAAUUUUAUUGGUGAACCUCUGCCCAUGAAGUUUAAUAAAAUAUUGGAAUGGUUGUCCUGUUGUGAUAAAAGCAUCAGACCAAUGUGGAUCAAACCUUUUCCAAAUGCCUUCAUUAAAAGUUUUAAUCGAAACAAAUUUAUUAACCCUUUCGGGGCGGAGCCUUUUUUGGAGUGGCGGUGCCAAGAAGACGGGGCACUUUUUAUAAGCUCGGCCCUUAUAUUGCCAAAAGAUUAUCAUCAUUUUGAUCGUCUUCAUUAUUUUCUUGGUUGAUUUUGUCAGUGUCACUGCUAGAAUAUCAAAAUCACUAAGGAUCGCUUGUUCAGUGUCACUGUCAGACAUUUUUUAAAUAUUACCUUAUUACUUGCAAGGCAACAAAAAGAUACAGAAUACAACAAAAGCUAGUAAAUAAUCAAAGUAAGCAGCCAUUAAGAUACCAAGUAGUGCUUAGCUGGUAUGAAGACAAAUCAGCCAAUCUAUAGGUUCGAAUUAAUAUAGAUUGCCAUUCAUCUUUUUCGCUACUUCACCAUGGCCGAUAGAUUUGCCCAGCCAUCUCAAGAGGGUUAAUUAUGUGUAUGUAAUGUUGUAUCCUCUAUUCUUCUUGAUAUUUGCAUAAAUUUAGAAGAUAUUAUAUCAUAGCUCCGGGGUAAAAUCACAAUAUUAGAACAUGUUCCAGGAUUAUUAGCUAAACACACUGGUGUAUCUCUAGGCUGGUAUCAUGACAAGUCUAAAUGCUCGUGUGUCCAUUCUUGCUGCCGCUAACCCCGCCUACGGCCGCUACAACCCCAGGAAGACGGUGGAGCAAAAUAUUCAACUACCUGCAGCUUUACUCUCCAGAUUUGAUCUACUUUGGUUGAUGCAGGACAAACCGGAGCGGGACAAUGACCUCAGGUACUUUGCUUGAGUGUACUUUUAUCUUUGAUCAAAAGUACUUUAAUUUAUGAAAGUUUCAUAAUAUUGCACAUUUUAUGUUAAAAUAUUAUUUAAACAAUGACACAAUUAAUAAAUUAAACUGUGUUGUAAAUUUUAAUAGGCACGCGUGAUCAAACAUAAAAAAAAAUAAAGUAAAUAAAAAAUAAAAAAUGGGACCAUGAAUAGAAAAUAGAGGCUCUGCCUUACUAAAUUGGCACAUAGCUGGCUGGUGGUUAUCAAUUGAAUUUAAAGUUAUGCAAUUUUUGUUAUUUUCUCACCAAAAUGAUGUGCAUAAUUUACAUUUAAUUAUUAUUUGUAAAAUAAAAGUAAUAGUUUUUUUAAAAACUGAUAUUGAAAUUACUAUUACAGUGUGAUGUCCAUGCUGUUGACCUUGUAUUUACAUUUUCUUUAAAUACAUUUUCUAACCAGAUUAGCUCAGCAUAUUACCUAUGUCCACCAACACAACGUCCAUCCUCCUCUCACCUUCCAGCCCCUGGACAUGAAACUUAUGAGGUAUGAACUAUUAAAACAUUAUUUCCGUUUACUUUAUGAACUAUAACAGUUGCCCCAGGGCAAGGCAUAACCCAACUUAUCCAAUGGAGGCUUACAUUAAUUCAAAAUAAAGAAAUUUGACAUUGUCUGGCCACCUUUAGAAGUUUGCUAUUUCUUACUGUAAAUGUCAGAGAAGAUUCAAUGUGCCAUUUUAUUAAAUGUUAUUUUAUUAAAUGUUAUUUUAUUAAAUGUUAAUUAAGAAUUUAACACUCAAGGUCAUAUAGUAUUUAAAAAAAAAAUGUUGAGCUGACAUUACAAGAGUAUCUCCAUGUAGACUCUUAGUCGAAUUUUUAAAAAAAUCAUUAAAAAAUAUCAUUUAUGUAAAUUGGAAUUUGAUGUUUUAAAUACAAAUUUAUAAAAUAUUUAUUCUUCUUUGACCAGGCGGUACAUCAGCCUUUGUAAGUCAAAAUCUCCGACGGUUCCUGAAUCUCUGGCCGAGUACAUCACCGGAGCUUACGUGGAGAUGAGAAAAGAAGCUCGUAAUAACAAGGACAUGACAUUUACCUCUGCCCGUACGCUGCUGGCCAUCUUGCGACUUUCAACUGCUCUAGCCAGACUGCGAUUGGCCGAAACUGUUGAGAAAGAAGAUGUGAAUGAAGCCAUGCGUCUGAUGGAAAUGUCUCGUGAUUCUCUAAACUCUAUCCACGACACUCACUCUAAGUAAGUUACUUGUAUAUUUUUAAGAUACUUAGAAUUUUGUAUUCUAACUUCAUUUGUCUCGGGGAUCAGAUGGGACACAUUUUAAGAUUUGAAGAUGUUGCACACUAAAAGAUUGUGUUACAAUCACGCACAGGAAGGACUGUUAAUUAAACUAUAGUGUAAAUUACUUAGUAGAUAUGUCGACAUAAUGAAAAGUGCAGAUCCCUUAUUUUUCUUUACGAUAUAUUAUAUAUUUAUAAUGAAAUUAUUAGAGGUAGAGGGAAGAUGUGCACCUAGUUGAGAGGGCUCAAAACUAUUAUUAAAUAGCAUUGUCAUUUAUUUUUUUAAAAUCUGGCCAAAAUCAAUUUUAAAAUAACCAAACUCUUUGUGCACUGAAAAUUACAAAUGUGUUUUGUUUCCCUUUUUUUUUUUUUGAAAUUUUAGCUUUACGCCUUUUACCCAGCCUGGUGCAAGAAUUCUCCAUUCUUCUGUGUCCUCUGCUUUACUUUCCAAAUAUAUCCUAUGCUUUGUGUGUCUGUUUCUAGUUCACGUCCCUUUUUUUGCUAAUGUAUUUGUGGUUCAUUUGGUUUUCUGUUCUAUAGUCAAUACACUAUUGUUGCCCCCCAAUAACAAGCUUACUUUCUGUGCAGAAGUCUGCCAGCCUUUCUGCGUUUUCAUUUUUCUCUUUUCUUUCCCAAUCUUAGCAUUUAGAUCUCCCAUUGUGAUAUUUAGAUCUCUACCUGUUCCUACUUAUCUCUACCUGUUCCUACUUUGUUUUGUUGCGUUCCUUUUUUCAGGUUUAACCCUACUUUCUUUUACUCAUUACAUAUUGUUUCUAACCUGAUUGCACUCUCUCCCCUUAUUAACCAUUUAUAUAUAAAUGAUUCAUUUAUAAAAUUUUUAUUAACUUCACAUUUUUUUCAUAUAUGAAUAUAUAUUUUUUUCAAACAGGAGCAUUAACCCCAUCGAUCAGAUUUACCAAAUAAUCCGGGAGAUGGUCCCAACAACGGGAGUGAAGUCCCUCAAACUGUCAGACAUCAUGGAACUUUGCACAAGUAAAGGUUUUAAACCAGACCAGGUCAAUGUUUGCAUCGAGGAAUAUGAGGAUCUGAACGUGUGGCAAGUCAACAGUGCCAGGACAAGACUGACCUUCCUCUGAUUUAACACAGAUUCAACACAGUUGGGGAGGGGACAAACUCAAUGCUUUAGAAUUGUUAUUAGCUUCAAUCUUUGAGUUCUAAACUUUUCAUUGCUUAGAAAAAUUAAAUUCAAUAAAUUGUUGUUUUGAUAAUUAUAUUUUUACUCUGAAAAUAUUUUAUAUAAUAUGUAAAUUGUAGUUGCUUGGUGUGAAUGUUCAGAUUCAAAACCAUUUUUAAAAAAAUUUCUUGUUUCAUGGAUAUUUUCAAAUAACAUUUUGUGUAAAUCACACUUUAAAUACAGGUAUUGGACAAUUUCUUAGUCAAUAAAGCCUGAAUAUUUUA